UUACAGUUUCAGAGUUCAGAUUGGAGGUUGUUGAUUGAAGAAGAAAAGCAGAUUGUCAAGGCAACAGAAUUCAUCACACAAAUAACAUGACCACCUCCUGGAGUGAUCGGUUACAGAAUGCAGCAGAUGUGCCUGCAAAUAUGGAUAAACAUGCCUUGAAAAAGUACCGUCGGGAAGCCUAUCAUCGGGUAUUUGUGAACCGAAGUUUAGCCAUGGAAAAAAUAAAAUGCUUUGGCUUUGAUAUGGAUUACACCCUUGCUGUGUACAAGUCUCCGGAAUAUGAAUCCCUUGGCUUUGAGCUCACUGUGGAGAGAUUAGUUUCUAUUGGCUAUCCCCAGGAGCUGCUCAGCUUUGCUUAUGAUUCUACAUUCCCUACCAGAGGACUUGUCUUUGAUACACUGUAUGGAAAUCUUUUGAAAGUUGAUGCCUAUGGAAACCUCUUGGUUUGUGCACAUGGAUUUAAUUUCAUAAGAGGGCCAGAAACUAGAGAGCAAUAUCCGAAUAAAUUUAUCCAACGAGAUGACACUGAACGAUUUUACAUUCUGAACACACUGUUCAAUCUACCAGAGACCUACCUGUUGGCCUGCCUAGUAGAUUUUUUUACUAAUUGUCCCAGAUAUACCAGCUGUGAAACAGGAUUUAAAGAUGGGGACCUCUUCAUGUCCUACCGGAGUAUGUUCCAGGAUGUAAGAGACGCUGUUGACUGGGUUCAUUAUAAGGGCUCCCUUAAGGAAAAGACAGUUGAAAAUCUUGAGAAGUAUGUAGUCAAAGAUGGAAAGCUGCCUCUGCUUCUGAGCCGGAUGAAAGAAGUAGGGAAAGUGUUUCUUGCCACCAACAGUGACUACAAGUAUACAGAUAAAAUCAUGACUUACCUGUUUGAUUUCCCACAUGGCCCCAAGCCGGGGAGCUCACAUCGACCAUGGCAGUCCUACUUUGACCUGAUCUUAGUGGAUGCGCGGAAACCACUGUUUUUUGGAGAAGGCACAGUACUACGUCAAGUGGACACUAAAACUGGCAAACUGAAAAUUGGUACCUACACAGGCCCUCUACAGCAUGGUAUCGUCUACUCAGGAGGUUCAUCAGAUACUAUCUGUGAUCUGUUGGGAGCCAAGGGCAAAGACAUCUUGUAUAUUGGAGAUCACAUUUUUGGAGACAUUUUGAAAUCAAAGAAACGCCAAGGGUGGCGAACUUUCUUGGUGAUUCCUGAACUUGCACAGGAGCUACAUGUCUGGACCGACAAGAGUUCACUUUUUGAAGAACUUCAGAGUUUGGAUAUUUUCUUGGCUGAACUCUACAAGCAUCUUGAUAGCAGUAGCAAUGAGCGCCCAGACAUUAGUUCCAUCCAGAGACGAAUUAAGAAAGUAACUCAUGACAUGGACAUGUGCUAUGGGAUGAUGGGAAGCCUGUUCCGCAGCGGCUCCCGGCAGACCCUCUUCGCCAGUCAGGUGAUGCGGUACGCUGACCUCUACGCGGCCUCGUUCAUCAACCUGCUGUACUACCCAUUCAGCUACCUCUUCAGAGCUGCCCAUGUGCUGAUGCCUCACGAAUCAACAGUGGAGCACACGCACGUGGAUAUCAAUGAGAUGGAAUCUCCCCUUGCCACUCGGAACCGCACAUCAGUGGAUUUCAAAGACACCGAUUAUAAGCGGCACCAAUUGACAAGGUCGAUUAGUGAGAUUAAACCCCCCAACCUCUUCCCACUGGCUCCCCAGGAAAUCACACACUGCCACGAUGAAGAUGAUGAUGAAGAGGAAGAGGAGGAGGAAGAAGAAUAAGGAGGAAAACCAAAAUCCUGAGCACCCAUUAAACAAGUUCUGGCAGGACUCCCAGGAGCAAAGAAUGUCCUUGUUUGGGGCUCUGCUAGGGAGGGUGGGGAACUCCAUCAAAGGUAUGUCUGGAAAGUUUGUGAAGGCUUUAAAACAUUCUAACUUAGAGAGAUGCUUCUUUUAGCUUUGUGUAUCUGUAGUCUUUGCAGAUGGUUUGAAGUUGUAUUGGAAGAAAGGGUCAAAGUCAGUUUGAACUGCAUGCAGAUGGCUCCACGGUGGCUUGUGAUUCUGUUCCCUGUCUCUUCAUCACCGGUCUGUCAUCGGGAUACAAUAAGGGUGCAAAGGGUUUCACAGUGGAACAAGGAGGCUGGUGGCAAAAAUGUGAUCCAAAAAUGCUGUAUUGUUACAAAUUGUGCUAUUACUCCAAAAUCUAACUUUUUCAAUACAUUACACAGUAUUGUGUAUCAGUGGAGAAGUACAUUGUUUUCAUUAUCAAGUGGAGUCUUCUGUCAAGGUCCAGUUUCCUUUAGGAGCCUUUGCAUUUCCUCUGUAACUGGCAAGGCUGCUGCUACGUCAGUGCCUUCACAGGUAGCCCCUGCUUUGGGUGCCUCUGGAGUAGACUGUAGAGGGUUGAUUUUGAGGCAACAGUCCUCAUCCUUUCUAUAUAUAUAUUUUUUUUACUGACAACACAAAUGCUUGUUAUCUAAAAACAAUCUUCUCUUUACAAAGGGUUUUAGCUGAAAGAGGACAAUGGAACAGGCCCCUAGAAAGGAUCAGGAGGGGUUGUAUUCUGGUAGCCCGAGCAUUUUCAUCCAUGUGGGCUAGAAUUGUGAUUCCUGCUGUACAGCUGCACAUGCUUGUCUGGUGGGUUGAUGGCUCUGUUUUAGAAGUUGAAUACAGAGGAUGAGAUGAGGCUACUAAACAAAAGGCACAAUCAUUGAGAGUAAGUUUACUUUAGAAUUCAAGUGAAACUGAACUUAGAAUGACAAUGAAUCAUCACUGUGUCCAGGCAUUAUGAUGCUUCCCCAGUACGAGAGAAGUUGUUCCAACAUUUCCACAGUUGCUUACUUUAACCUUCAUACAUUUUCUUUCAUUCUUGUCAUUGGUCAGUAGGGGAGGAUAGCCUGGCUGCUCUAGAAUUCAAUAAAGCAUAAUAUUUCUCAUA